AUUUUUAAUUUCGUUAAUUUGAAUUUGAAACCGUCUUGUUUUGAAUUCAAGAAUCUACACUUUCAUCCCUCCCGGAGAGUUAAAUAAGUAAUUAACUCUUCAGGAGGAGAAAUCAAAUAUGACAUUUCAUACGUCGAGUUAUGUUUCUCAGUUCAUAAUUGUUGUGGCGUGUGUGUGUGAGAGUUUAUAAUAAAAUAUCAAAAUAGUGCAAUUUGGAUUGAAUCGUUAUCAUUGAUAUUAGAUAUAAUAUUUUAAUCAUAGUUUAAGUUUUUUGAAAUUUAUUUAUCAAAAUGGAAGCCGAACGUAUGCAAGAGGAUUCUGGCCAAAGUAUUAUAUCUGACCCUUUUGAGGAAGCAACAAGAUUACUAAUCAGUUGGAAUUUACCUCAUUUGUGCCAAACAUUUAGAGAACAAGAAGUUUGUAUAAAUGCGUUAAGAGAUAUAACAGACGACGACAUAUAUGAACUUAUACCUAAAAUAGGGCCACGUUCAAUAUUUCGCGCACGUUUACAGGAAUGGCGAGAACAACAGACAACAAUUUAUGAUAACAUGAAAACAGCUCAUGAAGAAGAAGUCUAUCAUAGAACACGACAAUAUGUGGAAGAACAUCCUGCAUCAACAAAUUCAAAUCAGCCACCUCAAAUUCUUAUAGAGUCACCACAACAACUUUAUCAUCAACAUCAUAAUACAGAAGAUAUGAAUACAUCAGCGAAUAUUGAAAUCUCUGUAAGUCCAACAACUGCACAUUCCAUAGACUCUGGUAUUAAAAUUGAAACGAUUGAAUUGUCAGAGGAAGAGUGGCAUGAUAUCGGUAUCGUAAAAAUACCAGAAAACAAUAUCUCAAGUAUAGUGAAUGAAAGGGGAACAACACCAGCAAGCAUAUGUUAUAGUGAUUGCGACACUCUAAUGAAUGUGCCCAAUCAUACUGCAGAUAAGACUCUUGAACCUAUGCAAGGCAAUUUAAAUUCUUCACAAGAAAUGUCUGAGUUAUCCGACAGUUUUGAUGAAUCAUACAAUGGUUCCUGGCACGAAACUAAAGACUUGAAGAAACACAGACACUUAAACUUGAACGUUUUUAAUAUUCUACAAAGUGAUUACAUAACUAAAAAUAUCGUAAGCUCAAAGCAUAAAAGUCUUUAUAGAAAAGAACGGAGUUUAGUUGUAGAGGCAAUUGUUUCAUUUGUAAUAGACAAACAAAUUCGCUUACUGGCAUGUUGCUUUCCAUUUAUUACUGAACAAAUUUUAAAGAUAUUUCCUAAAGAAAAAUUUAAAACUUACUUUAAUCAAACUAUACCAUCUCGUACCGCAGGAUUACUUGUAACAAAAUAUAGGAGAGAAUCACUUUUACUGCGUAAAAUAGGCAUAAAACGUUAUCAAGAAAGAAACCGUACAGCUCCUGCAUGGUUACAGAGUUUACCCAAUAUAAGUAAUAACAAGAAAUAGAAUACUAGUAUAAGUUGAUUAAUAUAUAAAAUUUUUUUUAAUAGUAAAUGACUAAUUUUUUGUAUUAA